ACCAUCAUGUCCUAUGACCGCUACGUUGCCAUCUGCAAGCCCCUGCACUACGGGACCUUGAUGGACAGCAGAGCUUGUGCCAGCAUGGCAGCAGCUGCCUGGGGCGCUGGGGUUCUCAAUGCUCUGCUGCACACUGCCAGCACAUUUUCUCUGCCUUUUUGCCAAGGCAAUGCAGUGGACCAGUUCUUCUGUGAAAUCCCCCACAUCCUCAAGCUCUCCUGCUUACAUUCCUACCUCAAAGAAAUUUGGCUUCUUGUGAUCAGUGCCUCUUUAGCAUCUGGGUGUUUUGUUUUCAUUCUUUUCUCCUAUGUGCAGAUCUUCAGGGCCGUGCUGAGGAUGCCCUCUGAGCAGGGACGGCACAAAGCCAUCUCCACAUGCCUCCCUCACCUGGCCGUGGUCUCCCUCUUUGUCAGCACUGCCAUGGUUGCCCAUUUGAAGCUCCCAUCCAUCUCCUUCCCAUCCCUGGACCUGGUGGUGUCAUUUCUGUACUCGGUGGUGCCUCCAGCAGUGAACCCCCUCAUUUACAGCAUGAGGAACCAGGAGCUCAAGUAUGCAGUGAGGAAAAUGAUGUCCUGGUCACAUUUCAGCAGGCAUAAACUUCACAUGUCUCAACCAGUGACUCAGUUUGUACAAUAA